AUGCCGGGCAAACAGAUCCCCGUAGCGAACCCGCCUGCCCUCCCUUCUCACCUCCCCGACAGUGUCCUAGAGCUUUCCGUACAGCUCAAGGAGAACCCCCUUCCGGACCAUGUACGGCAAUCGCUUCGUGGUUUCCAACGUGCGGCCGAGUACAUUGCCGCCGCAAUGAUAUUUCUUUCUGACAAUGUCCUCCUCGAGUCCGAGCUAAAGCCCGAUCACAUCAAGCCACGGCUCCUCGGCCACUGGGGAACAUGUCCCGGCCUCAUCCUCGUGUGGUCCCACCUUAACCUGCUUAUCCGCAACCACGACCUCGACAUGAUCUAUGUAGUUGGCCCUGGCCACGGUGCACCCGCCGCCCUGGCCGCCUUGUGGUUGGAAGGCUCGUUGGAGAAGUUCUAUCCUGGCGAAUACGCCCGCAAUGCGGAGGGGUUGAGGAACCUCAUUACAAGAUUCUCAGUACCGGGCGGGUUUCCGAGCCACAUCAAUGCCGAGACUCCCGGCGCCAUUCACGAAGGCGGAGAACUGGGGUAUGCGCUGGCCGUGUCGUUCGGCGCCGUCAUGGAUAACCCCGAUCUCAUCGUGACUUGCGUCGUUGGAGAUGGUGAAGCCGAGACGGGACCCACGGCAACAGCAUGGCACGCCAUCAAGUACCUCGACCCCCGUGAGUCGGGGGCCGUCAUCCCAAUCCUGCACUGCAACGGAUUCAAGAUCAGCGAGCGCACCAUCUUUGGUUGCAUGGACGACAAGGAAAUCGUGUCCCUGUUCAGCGGAUACGGAUAUCAGGUCAUCAUCGUCGAGGAUUUGAGCAAGAUCGACGACGAGCUGCAGAAUGCCCUUGAGUGGGCUGUUGCUGAGAUCAAGAAGAUCCAAAAGGCGGCACGGUCUGGAGAACCAAUUGCAAAACCUCGAUGGCCGAUGCUGGUGCUGCGGACUCCCAAGGGCUGGACUGGGCCGAAGGAGGUGGAGGGCAAGAUCAUCGAGGGCUCGUUCCACGCCCACCAGGUUCCCCUGCCCAAGGCCACCAGCGACAAGGAGCAACUUAAGGCGCUCGACGACUGGCUGUCAAGCUACAAGAUCAGCGAGCUGCUCAAGGAUGGGAAGCCCACCGAAAGUGUCCUUGAGGUGAUGCCUCGCACAGACGAAAAGAAACUCGGCCAGUACAAGGCGGCGUACGACCCGUACGUCGGCCUGAAGGCAGUCGACUGGCAACAAUUCUGCGUCGAGAAGGGCACGAGUCAGAGCUGCAUGAAGAUCACCGGCAAGCUCCUCGACAAGGUUUUCCAGGAGAACCCCAAGACGAUCCGCCUCUUCUCGCCCGACGAGCUCGAGAGCAACAAGCUCGACGCCCUCCUCGACCACACACAGCGCAACUUCCAGUGGGACCAGUACUCGCGCGGCAAUGGCGGGCGGGUGAUCGAGGUGCUGUCGGAGCACAACUGCCAGGGGUUCAUGCAGGGAUACACGUUGACGGGCCGCACCGCCAUUUUCCCCAGCUACGAAUCCUUCCUCGGCAUCGUGCACACCAUGAUGGUGCAGUACUCCAAGUUUAUCAAGAUCGCCCGCGAGGUCAAGUGGCGCGGCGACCUGCCGUCCAUCAACUACAUCGAGACGAGCACGUGGGCGCGUCAGGAGCACAACGGCUUCUCGCACCAGAACCCGUCCUUCAUCGGCGCCGUGCUCAACAUCAAGCCUGAGGCAGCGAGAGUCUACCUCCCCCCCGACGCGAACUGCUUCCUCUCCACCAUCCACCACUGCCUCAAAUCCCGCAACAAAACCAACCUCGUCAUCGGCUCCAAGCAGCCCACCGCCGUCUACCUCUCCCCCUCCGAAGCAGCCGAGCACUGCCGCCGGGGCGCCUCCAUCUGGCACUUCGCCUCUUCCCCACCCAAACCCACCACCACCGGCACAUCCGAGCCCGACGUCGUGCUCGCAGGCAUCGGCGUCGAAGUAACCUUCGAAACCGUCAAAGCCGCCGAACUCCUCCGCACCCUCUGCCCUGCACUCAAAGUCCGCGUCGUCAACAUCACCGACCUGAUGAUCGUCGCUCCGGAGUCACGGCACCCACACGCGCUCGGGGCGGACGAAUUCGACGCGCUCUUCACGCGCGACCGGCCCGUGCUGUUCAACUACCACGGCUACCCGGCCGAGCUGCAAGGGUUGUUGUUUGGGAGGAAAGGGGCGGGGAGGAUGAGUGUGGCUGGGUAUAGGGAGGAGGGGAGCACGACUACGCCGUUUGAUAUGAUGCUGGUGAAUGGGGUGAGCAGGUUUGAUUUGGUGGGGAGGGCGUUAAGGGCGGUGAAGGGGGGGGGAAGGGUGGUGGAGGGGUUGGAGGGGUUGGAGGGGGAGGUGAGGAGGAGGGUGGAGGAGGUGAAAAGGUUUAUUGUUGAGCAUGGGAAGGACCCGGAUGAUAUCUACGAUCUGCCCAAGUUUGAUUAG